CGAUUAUAUUUAACAUAACCUUACAAUAAUUCAGUCAUGAUUGCGGUUUCUUGCAGUGUCUUGUGCAACUUAAAACUUUGAUUAAUUCUUAAAUAAAAUGACAUUUACCGAUUAUGUGUCAGCACUCAGUGAUAAUCCCUACUUCGGCGCAGGUUUCGGCCUGUUUGGCCUCGGCGCCGGCGCUGCAAUCCUUCGUAAAAGCCUCCAAGGCGGCCUCAUCCUCUUCAGACGGCAUUACAUGAUCACAUUAGAAGUACCCUGCCGGGACAAAUCCUACCAAUGGCUGCUGCACUGGAUGACACAAAAAGGCGCUCGCAGCACGCAGCAUUUGAGCGUCGAGACAAGCUUCGAACAAAAGGACACAGGACAUGUAAAGACAAAAUACGAUUUUAUUCCAAGCAUUGGUACACAUUUCUUUAGAUACAAGACUACUUGGAUUCGCGUUGAGCGAACACGGGAACAACACACACUAGAUUUACACAUGGGCAUUCCUUGGGAAACUGUUCAAUUAACAGCGUUUGGCAAGGACCGGAAUAUUUAUUUUAAUAUUUUAGAAGAAGCGCGUCAAAUGGCGUUAAAAGCACACGAAGGCAAAACGGUGAUGUACACAGCGAUGGGCAGCGAAUGGCGGCCAUUGGGACAUCCAAGGAAACGACGGCCUAUAGACUCAGUUGUUCUAGAUGAUACCAUCAGUGAGAGAAUCGUGCAAGACUGCAAAGAAUUCAUUGCAAACCCAACGUGGUAUACUGAUCGUGGUAUACCUUACAGAAGAGGUUAUUUACUACAUGGACCACCAGGCUGUGGAAAAUCAUCAUUCAUCACUGCCCUUGCUGGAGAUUUAGAAUUCGGCAUUUGUGUUCUGAAUCUUUCCGAACGCGGAUUAACCGAUGAUCGGUUGAAUCAUUUAUUAAGCGUUGCGCCACAACAAACAAUCAUAUUAUUGGAAGAUAUCGAUGCGGCGUUCUUAUCACGAGAAGACACCGCACAACAAAAGUCGGCGUAUGAAGGUCUCAAUCGGGUUACAUUCAGCGGUUUGUUGAAUUGUUUGGAUGGUGUGGCGAGUACAGAAGCACGGAUAGUAUUUAUGACAACUAACUACCUCGAUAGAUUAGAUCCAGCUUUGAUACGACCCGGCCGAGUGGACGUAAAAGAACAUAUAGGGUAUUGUUCACAAACACAGAUCGAGCGCAUGUUUUUGCGCUUCUACAAAGACGAAGAAUCACGCGAAAAGGCACAGGAAUUCGCCGAAAAAGUCUUCGCAGGCGGGAAAAAUGUAAGUCCGGCACAAAUUCAGGGGUACUUUAUGUUUCACAAAAUGUGUUCGAGUAAAGAGGUGCUGGCAAACACGGAUAUGAUCGGAAAGUUGUAAGGUGUACAUAAGUGAAUGUUAAUAGUGAUAGAUUGUUGAGUUAAUAAGUUAUAAUACUAAAACAUGGUUAUGUUGAGAAUAAAAUUGGUUAUGUUUAA